AUGUCAGACAUACAUACUGACGCGAAAGAGAAUCGACUCAAGUGGGAUCCAAAGGCUGGCGCUGGCAUGCUCGUGGGCUACGAAGAAGCGUCGAAGGCGUAUCAAGUUUAUGACGUUGAGGCGGGGAAGGUGGUCGUCAAUCGUGAUGUCAACUUCGACGAAUCCACCUGUGGACUUCCACCACCGAUCACUGAUGAAGGUGCCGAUGACCUGGAAUUCAAAUUACUCAAUGAUGAAGAGCCGCGUCAGGUAGAGUACAAGCAAACAGGCAAGCGCAAGAGCCGCCUCGAUGAUGAAGAUGCUGUUGAAAAAGACAGCGGCUGUGAAGAAGACACCUCGUCAAGCUGCGUCAAGUGUUGA